AUGAAAAAACAUCAUCUCUUUAGCCUAGAGCGGAAGAACUUCGACACACUCCUCCUCAAGACAUCGAAGGGACAGGUCCUCUCCUCACCACUUCGGUGGAAGAGGACCUCACCUCUCCACUUCGGUGGAAGAGGACCUGUCCACUUCGGUGGAAGAGGACCUCACCACUUCGGUGGAAGAGGACUUCUCCACUUCGGUGGAAGAGGACCUCACCACUUCGGUGGAAGAGGACCUGUCCACUUCGGUGGAAGAGGACCUCACCACUUCGGUGGAAGAGGACUUUUCCACUUUGGUGGAAGAGGAUCUCACCUCUCCACUUCGGUAGAAGAGGACCUCUCCACUUCGGUGGAGGAGGACCUCACCUCUCCAUUUCGGUGGAAGGGGACCUCACCUCUCCACUUCGGUAGAAGAGGACCUCACCUCUCCACUUCGGUGGAGGAGGACCUCACCUCACCACUUCGGUGGAAGAGGACCUCACCUCUCCACUUCGGUGGAAGGGGACCUCACCACUUCGGUGGAAGCGGACUUCUCCACUUCGGUGGAGGAGGACCUCACCUCUCCACUUCGGUGGAAGAGGACCUCACCACUUCGGUGGAAGAGGACCUCUCCACUUCGGUGGAGGAGGACUUCUCCACUUCGGUGGAGGAGGACCUCACCACUUCGGUGGAAGCGGACUUCUCCACUUCGGUGGAGGAGGACCUCACCACUUCGGUGGAAGAGGACCUCUCCACUUCGGUGGAGGAGGACCUCACCACUUCGGUGGAAGCGGACUUCUCCACUUCGGUGGAGAAGGACCUCACCUCUCCACUUCGGUGGAAGAGGACUUCUCCACUUCGGUGGAGGAGGACCUCACCACUUCGGUGGAAGAGGACCUCUCCACUUCGGUGGAGGAGGACCUCUCCACUUCGGUGGAAGAGGACCUCACCUCUCCACUUCGGUGGAAGAGAACCUCACCUCUCCACUUUGGUGGAAGCGGACUUCUCCACUUCGGUGGAAGAGAACCUCACCUCUCCACUUUGGUGGAAGCGGACUUCUCCACUUCGGUGGAGAAGGACCUCACCUCUCCACUUCGGUGGAAGAGGACUUCUCCACUUCGGUGGAGGAGGACCUCACCUCUCCAUUUCGGUGGAAGGGGAUCUCACCUCUCCAUUUUGGUGGAAGAGGACCUCACCACUUUGGUGGAAGAGGACCUCACUUCGGCGGCUCAACAAUUGAUAAAUCCAGUUUGUUUUGAUUCCUGCUUUUUCAUAUCUAUGUCUUUUUGUUCUUAUUUGUUCAAUUAAAAAAAAGAAUCAUUGGAGGCAGGAGUGGGGGGGGGUGUAUGUCUGUCCUCAUUUUCCCAGCAUGCUUCACUUUUGACUCUAAAGGACUCUAAAACAUCUACAAACUUUCAUUCUCCUAACAUCAUUUUUAUAUCCAGAAGUUCAAACUUCCGCGGAACACUGAAUCUACCUGAACUUCUGGCUGCUAUCCAGGAAGAGCAGCUGGUCACAUGCUCUCCUGCAGCAGAGAUGUCAUGAAGAAUUUUUUGCUGGAAGAACGGCGUGUCCAGGAGAAUGAAGGCGGACCUCCCGCUCUCUCAGGACAGAGCUCAGAGGAAACCUUUGGAACACCUUG